AAAAAAAGAAAUAAAAGAAUAACAAGAGGGCCACAAAGCAUAUAUUCCCUUGAAGACAUAACCCCACUUUAUGUUUCCAUAUAUAGAGUGAUAUCAUUAGACAGUCUUGCCAUCUCCAAACUACAAAGUAGAAUCAUAGACUGCCAAAUUCCUAAGUAACCAUUGAAAAAAAAAAAAGAAGAAAAAAUUACAAUCUCUCAAAUGAUCAAAGCCCUUAACAAUACCACAAUAACAUUCUUCUCAUACAAACAUCAAUGGCUUUUUAUGAUGUCAAUAGUAAAGAACUGAAACUGGUUUUGUCAGGAGAUGCAAAACCCAGGCUCAAAUGGACUCAAGAACUUCACCACAAAUUCGUAAAAGCCGUCGAUCAACUCGGAGGACCGGAGAAGGCAACACCAAAAUCAUUGAAGAAGGUGAUAGGCAUUAAUGGGCUCACUUUGUAUCAUCUCAAGAGCCAUUUACAAAAAUAUAGAACAGGAAAGAGUCAACAAAUGCAAACACACCACCAAACUAAGGAAAAAGAAGAUGGAGAAAAACAGAGGAAUCGCUCGACUGGCGAGAGUUUUGACGGAUCCAAAGAGCACGUUAACGAAAACUUACAGAUUACUCGAGCUCUACAAAUCCAAAUGGAGGUGCAGAGGCAACUGCAUGAACAAAUCGAGGUGCAAAAGCAUUUGCAGCUAAGGAUUGAAGCUCAAGGAAAAUACCUACAAUCAGUUUUACUAAAGGCACAAGAAACCCUCACACAAUACAGUUCUUGCUCGAUUGAGGCCGAGCAAGCAAAAGCUCGACUUUCCCGAUUAAGGUCGAUGGUUGAAUCCGAAUGCACAAGUGGGUCUUUUUCUGUAUUAACACAGAGUGAAGAAGAAUGCUCAAUAUCCGAAUACGAAAAGGAAAAAUACAAUCUUUUAGGAAAGAAUGGAUCUUUUCUCGAAAAUUCGGUUAAGCCGUGCAAGAACUCGUUGAGGGUCGAAAAUGGAUAUACAGAGGAAGGGCAUCAAAGUUCGAAUGACGGUGAAAAGAUGAAAUCAUUGGACAAUCUUGAUUUGAACCUUUAGUACUAGAAAGAGGAAUGUAUGUUAAUAGUUAGAAAAGGAUGUGUGUGAUGAAACUAUGAAUUUUGUAGAGAAGUUUGUACUUUGUAGUAAUGAAUGGUUUUAUUUCAAAGAAUGGUUGAUGUGCAGGUAUGCCAUGAUGAUCUGAUGCAAAGCUCAAUAUUUCCAACACUACAAAGUUUUCUUGAAAAGAGAUGUUUUAAUUCUGGCAUCUAAUUUCUGAUCUCUAAUGUGAAUGCUCUGAAUGUACAAG